AUGGCAUCUCCAACAAGAGAAAAGACUAGCUUCCAGCAUAGAUUGCGCCAGCGCAUUUCUCGAUUGCGAGACAGAUCUCGAGGUUAUCUGAACGAUGACAGAAAAGACUUGCUCCGCGACAGUCAAGAUGAGACAAGUCUUGCAAACGCAUCGACUUCAGCGUCGCAGCAGCACACAACAUCGACGAGCAGCAUAUUGUGUUUGACUCAAGCGAAUGAUCCUGGGAUAGGAUCGUCAACCAAUAUCACAAACGAUAAAGCCCAGGUUCCAUCCAACGACAGUGGACAAGGCCGCGCUACCGAGUCUUUGCCUUCGAAUGACAACACUGGUCGAGUUUCUGCCCCUUCGGAUCUCUGGAGCGUAGCGUACCGCGAGGCAGUGGAGAGCUUUGGGAAGGAACUUGAUGUUGCCAUUCUCGAGGCGGGGAGUGUCAUGGAGCUAUUCACAAACCUUGAAGAGAUUGAGAAAGGCAUUACCCAGAAAGAUACCUUUGUGAGACGUCUUGGUUAUUUGCAGUCUGUGCAGGGGCCUAUUGAGACAUUCAAACUUGCAUUGGACCUGGCUAGCCCAGCGGCAAACAUUAAUCUAACUGCAUCAACCGUUGUUGGCAUUGUCAAAAACGUGACUGAGAUUAUCAUCAGUCUUGCCGAAGUCAAGACGGAAUUCGCGGCUAAGAUUAAGGACAUGCACGAAAGAAUUUCGUACAUAGAUGAUUGUGACACUCUGGGACAGAAAACAAAUGGACAAAACAUCCACACGGCACUCGUUUCAGUAUACAAGAAAUUAUUGGAAUUCUAUCAAGUUGCGUUCAAAACAUUGACAAAGAAAGGAGUGAAGUUGAUAACCAGCAUGGUUCGAGCGAAUAGUAGUCUUCCUACGAUCGCCGUCGACUUCGUACGGUCUUCCGAGGCUCUGCAGGGCCACGUAAGCAAUGCAACGGCAAAGAUCUUGGAUGAGAUGAGAACCGUGCUCUAUGAUGCUAAAAUUAUCCUGUGGUUAGACAAUAACAAGUUGCUUGCUCAAGAUAUAUACUAUGAAAACUUGAAGGACCUCCGUGCUGACGGAGCCUGUGAAUUCUUACUGGAAAACACCAACUUUCAGAAUUGGUACCAUACUCCCGUAGAUGAGCUUACACGACAAAGUACAUACCAAUUACCAACUCCCAAGAUAUUGAGUUAUUACUGCCGCGACAAUGAGACGGGCGAGACGAUUUACAUACUCUCCACUUUGAUUUUAUCUCUUCUACAGCAUCUACCUGGCCUGAAGAAGCCAUUUUACGAGUGGUACGGCGAAGCUCUUGUGUCUGGAACGAAUCCAGCGGCAAGUACCAGCAAAAUGGGGGCGUUGAUGCAAAAGCUGCUGAAAUCGGUGGACCGUCCAAUUUUCAUCCUUAUCGACGGUCUGGAUGAGUGCGAUAGCAAAUCGCAACGGUCGCUUCUUGAUUUUUUGAAACGUUCGGCGCGAGAUACCCCUGGUCUCAAGAGUAUCCUCUCUUUUCGUCGUGAAAAAAAGAUCCUAGAUCGACUCGACGGAACGCCAAGAAUCGACUUGAGUCGUGACAUUGACCGAGACCGUAUUAUCGUUGAGAAAACGGUUGAAACGCAGUUGGAUGGUUUGUCUGCAGACGUCAAGGCCGAGGUUAUCAAAAAAUUGUCUAAUUCAGCACAAGGGAGCGCCAUAUGGACGAGGAUGGUAGUUGAGCUAAUCAAGGAAAAGGACCUGAGUGCAUUAGGUUUGAUGAAGCACUUUUUGGAAAAUGAACCUCUACCACAGGAUCUCUCCAACACUUACCUCGCAUUGGUUUCACGGCACACCGAUCUUGAAAGUAAACAAUAUCUUUGGAUAGCGCUCAAACUUCUCGCCGCCGCACUCAGACCUUUGAGCAUCCUAGAGCUUGCAUGGGCCGUUGCACUCAAUGCCGCUCCUUACGUUUCCAGCGUGGAAGCCCUGGCUGAAUAUGUAGAUGACAAAAGAGUAAUGAGUUUCAUUGGGUCAUUCAUUAUGCCAUCCGACUUCAAGGACCCUAAGAAGCGUCAAGUUCAACUUGCCCAUCAGUCCGUGAAGGAAUUUAUCAAACAGCACGCCCCUAGUGAAGGCAAAAAUCUCAAAGACAAUCAACAAGACGCCGAGAACCUGGAGACAUUUAUGCUAGAGACUUGCGUCAGGUACCUACUCCUAGAAGAAAUUGGCACCAAAACUCUGUUCUCUGAGGAGCAAGCCGCAAUUGAGGUGCUACCCCAAGGAGAUGAUUUAUUUGGUGACAUCCAUGAUACAGCCGAGUACGAUAAACACUGUACAUGGGAAACAUGGGAAGAGAACAUGAUUCCUUACGACCCCAGUGACCGUGGGUUUGGCGAGUUCUUUGUUUACGCAUCAUGCUACUGGCCAGAGCAUUUCGGCAGGACCGCAAGCGAUUCUUCCCCAAGCCUGGAGAACAUCGAAACUCUGUGCAAAGUAGGCUCGAUUCGACUCUCCAACUGGAUUGAACAGAAACGUCGUCCGGACUGCGCAAUCGAACCCAGAUUUGAGUUUGACAGUGACUUAUACGAUCCUCUCAGCAUCACGUCUCUAUAUGGCUCGGAAGCUAUGCUCCGUCAUAUGUUGAUGACGUCGAACCUGAGCACAAACAAUUUUUUUGGGGAUUCCGUUAUGAGGGCUGUUGACCAGGUUCUUCAGUGGGGGGACGUGUCAAGACUCGGGAUACUGUUCUUGGAUGAUCGAGUUGGUCGUCAACUCCAAAAUCUGGACUUUUUUCGUCUCGUCGUUAGAUAUUGGUCGAAACCUAAAACACCUCACGAAAAUUGGGAUACGGUAUUUGAUCUCGUUGAUCCUGGAUCAAAUGACGGGGUCCAGCAGCAGCCACCGCAGUGGGUCGAUGAACUCCUAGAUAUUGCUGUCGAUGCAGAUUGUGAGCCCUUGAUAAACCGGCUUACGAAAUUUGCGGCAGUGGUGGAACAUCGUCGAGAUCCUUCCCGGGAUCACGCCUUUCAAGCGUUGUAUCUAUUGGUUAUGAAUGACUCUGAGUCUAAGGCUGUCUCGACUGGAGAGUUGGCGACUUCCAAGGCACGAUCAUGGUCGCGAAGUCUCCGAACAUCGUGCGAUUUGUGCAAGCAGAUGAAGAUUAAAUGCCAAAGAAAAAAUGAACAUGAAAAGUGCGCACGAUGUACUGCCCGAAAACUAGACUGUAUGACAACACCGGUGAUUAGGAAGAGGCCAAAAACCACCAAGAACAGAGAUUCAUACUAUCAAGAUAUAGAAGAACGAAUUAAGCAGAUGGAGUCAGCUAUCAUUGCUUCCGGGCUACAGGGGCCGGCGGGGCUACUAGUAGGAGGAAAAGAAGACGAAGGAGAAACGACCUCCUCUGAUAAGAUUGAAAUCCAGGCCAAGCUAUCUAAUCAGCUCACGAACCUGGUCAUCGAUUCUAAUGGGUCCUUUAAUUUCAUUGGAUCGGCCUCUGGCUUUUCACUAUUCUCUCCUCAUGGAGUUCGCUGGAUUUCGCAAAAAGUGGGCGACAAGAACGAGCUAGCUCAGCUUUAUCGUAUACUUUCGAAACAUGAUUACGAGUCUUGGGGUCAUGGCAACGUCGAUCUUUGGGCGCCCAAACCACGGUCAGAGCACUCGCCUCUUCCUACAAAAGAGGUUGCGUUGGAAUAUGUCAAUUGCUACUUCACAACGUUCAACAAUGUCUACCCCGUGAUUAAUCGGAACGUGUUUGACUCCUAUCUUGAACGGCAAUAUUCGUCAAAUCCUCCAACGAGUAGUGCCUGGUACGCAUUAUUCAACUCAGUACUGUGUCUAGGUAGUAUAAGAACCACAGGCGAGCGAGAGAGGCAUGUAAGAAGUAGCCGUCUCAUCGACUAUACGUCCGUUGCGCAUGAGACUGGCGUUGGAUACUUCCGCAACGCAAGCUGCUGUUUCCAUGACUUGUUCUUCAACCAGACUAAUCUGAUGGCUAUGCAAGCGAUAACUCUCAUGAUGUUCAUCACAAUCUCAAGUUCAAAUCCUCAAAUUUCCUACACCUUGACAUCUGCAGGUCGAAACAUAGUAUAUUCCUUGGGCCUUCACCGGAGCCUUGAUGGCGCCGGUCUCUCUCCGGAGGAAUUCGAACAACGUCGAAAUGUCUUCUGGGUGUUCUAUAUGCUAGAGAAAGCCAUAUGCCAUAAUCUUGGCCGACCAUCCGUCAUAAACGAUGAUGAUAUUGCCGUUGAGCUACCACCAAAGAAGCCCGGGUUGUUACGCUCACCUAGCGGGGCGGGUAUUUAUGAUAUUUUCCAGGACUCAAUCACACUAGCUAUUAUUGGAAGUCGCAUAUAUACCGAGUUAUAUUCGGCAAGUUCGCAGACCAAGUCCGAGGAGUAUCGUAUGAAGAUGUUGAGCAAACUGGACAAUCAUCUCCAGCGCUGGCGAGAUGCGAUGCCCAUUGAUAUUCGGCCGGAGCAUCCUAUCAAUUGCUCGGAUGAGCAGUAUGUGUCUGUUGUCAUGAUGCAUUUUACUUAUUUGGACGCUGUAAUAAUGCUACAUCGUAUAUCAGGCCAUCAGCAGGAGUCAUUUUUCACAGAUGGGAAUGCCAUGCAUAUGAAGAGUAAUGCCCGAUCACUAAAUUCCAGAGCCAACGCAAGCCAAUUGCUCUGUCUGGCUGCUGCACGAAGAACGAUUCAACUUCUGAAUACCAUUAGCCACAAUAAUGUGCAAAAUCAACAUUUCAUGUGGUGGGCACUCUACUACCCGCUCAGCGCAAGUCUCGUUCUGUUCACCAAUAUCCUGUCAAAUCCACAAGAUCAGAAUGCCGCUUCUGACAUCCAGUUGUUGAACCUUAUCAGUUCGUUCAUCACUCAAUCUGUCCAACCCGGGACAUCCUUUGCCGACACUCCGACGUUGAACAUGUUUAAGGAGCUUUAUCGUUUAGCCACACGUUUUGUGGCAAGGGCCGCUCCGCGGUCUAGUCAGAAGGUGAAGAGACCAUCUGAAAGUGACGAUUUGGCCGCACAAUCGGAUCGUUUCUCGUCAUCUCGAGGGGAAUUGGUGUUAGACAAGACCGCUUACGCAGACUUGAAUACGCAGACCAUGACGUCGUUUGCUCCAUUCGAACCAACAAAAUCGUCCUCCGACCCGACCAACAUAACCGCGACAUGGCCUUCUCCAGAUAUAGACAACAGCCAAAUGGACCAACCUACACAGAAUAAUAGUACCGCAAGCCUCCACCACUCACAACCGGAAUCAUCCACCAAAAGCUCCCCCUUGGAAUUGGCACCAUUCAUCAUUCCUUCUGAACAACCGAGCCUGAUCGACUUUGAUCCAACGCUAUCAUACGAUACUUUGCCUGAGCCUGCGGACUUUGACUGGGAUAUGCCUAAUUUGUGGAUACCGUCGAAUUUUACGUCUGAUCUGUGGAACUCCGCGGAUUUGAUGGGUUUGUCAUUGCAGGAUGGUGCCGGUGGCAUGGAUCAGGGUUCUAGUUGCUCCGAUCAGAACCAUGACCACUGA